AGAGUUCUGUGAUAAGGAAAUAAUUAUCAGUAUAUAUAUACCUAUAAUUAAAACGAAGCUUUACUUUACAAUUUCCAUACGUGAAACGUUCCUAGAGAGCUACACACCUGAACUCAUGAAAACUGAAAAUGUACAAAUAUUUAAUAGUUAUAGUGACUUUAUACAACAUGACGUGUAUGUGUGCAAAAAAUGACAUCUCCCGAAAAAGUUUCUCGGAAGCAAUGGGUCCAGCGAUGGAGGCACUCAAACCUUUUAUGGAUUACUUACGCAUCCCUUUGCUGCAACAGUUGAAAAGUUUGGACAAUAAAGAAGUAGAAGUAAUUGAAAAUAUGUGGAGCAAAUGUAACAAAAUGUUUCCGGUUGGCAAGAGUGACAUGAUGCAUUUAAUUCAAUUAAGACCAGUGAAAAAGGAUAAUGUAAAAUGCUUUUAUGCUUGUGCGUUUAUGGAAUAUGAAAUAAUGGAUGAAAAAGGUGUAUUCCAGAUAGAAGAUAUCAAAGAUAUUGUGAAACAAGGCAUUUCUAAACGACCAGAAUUGAUGGACGGUGUGCUUUCUUCAAUAGAUUCCUGUAAAUAUGUAAACGGCGUAAACCUCGACGGUAAUAAACAUGCUAUCUGCGAGAGAGCGGCGAUGGGCUUCAACUGCACUUCAGCAAUUUGGAAAAAACUUAAAAAAAAGAAAAGUCCUAAUUGAAAUUAAAUCAGUUUAUUAUUUCAGUAUAAUAAUAAUCACUUACUUAUCAUAAUCAUGUUUGUUUGUAAACUAAAGUGUUUUCACCCGACUACGACAAAUAAAAAAUGAGGUUUAUGUGUUUGAUUGGUAACACAGUCAUGUAUUGUAUGUUAAGAUGUGCCCUUAUAAUUCAAAAAACCAUUACCUACUAUUUGAUAAAUAAGAAAUAAAAUAGUAUUACGUAUAAACCAUGAAAUACCUAAGCAUUGAAAUUCGAUUCCUUAUCUUUAAUAUUCAAGAGGAAAAUACUGUGUUUUGUAAUAAUGUAUAAAUGCAUUUUAUUAACUUUUUUAUCGUUUCAAGUGGUGUGCAACGGAACAUAUUUAGCACCGGCUUUAAAAACUUUCCGUGGUUUUGUUGGUAAUAUUAACUUGUUUGAACUCAAAAGCAUUAAGGUUCUCAAGAAGGUUAAUGUCCUAACUAGACUAACUUUACCUAUUUAAAUUUUAUUCUCAUUCAUUUAUUUGAAUAUGUUUACAGAAUCAUUUUUGGGUAUAUUCAAACCAUUUACGGACUUUAUUUCAUCACCACAAGUAAGUUAGUAAUGUACAUAAUAUUUAUGUAUUAUUAUAGGAUAUAUAGGUAUAUAUUUAUUAUUAACUAUGUAGGUUUUAUGUAU